GAUGGAUAUUACUCCCACCGGCCGAAGGAGAAAAGUAGAGUCGACAGCAACAACGAGAACUCUGUGCCAAAAGACUUUGACAACAUAGACAAUAGUAACUUUGGUGCUCGCUCGCAGCCACACCGGCAGUCUGUUGGGGCCACGAGCAGCAAGCAGCAGCGGGAGCACCUGCAGGAGAAAGCCCAUGCGCAGCAGCAGGCCUGGCGGGACAACUCCCCCGGGCUGAGCCGCAGCUCAAAUGAAGUACUGCCCGUCGGCCACCAGCCACUAGCGGUAGGCAACAACUCCUCCUACCUAGUUGGUCAGGGCGUCGCGGAAGUUCAGCGGCAACAGCACCGUGCCUCACAGGCCCAGCAGGCCCAGUCGCAGCACAGACAUCAGCACCCCCACUGGAGGCAGGCGACUGCAUCGCCGCUGGAGGUGACCUACGACCAGCCACCCAGGUGCGAGAUCAGUGGGAAGGAAGCCAUUUCAGCUCUGUCCAGAGCCAAGAGCAAGGAGUGUCGGCAACAGAUCGCCGAGGUGUACUGCAGACACAAGGAAGGGCAGUUAAUGCCUGAGAAGGUCACUCGUUACUGCCACCUUGAGGGUUCUGAUGGCUGGGCUGGAUUUGAAGAAAAGUUUUGAGUUUAAGUUCACCUGAACAUUAGUCAGCAA